AUGUCGCUCAAGGUUGCGAUCUAUUCCCGACUGGCGAGAGGUGCACUGGACGCCUACACUGGUCCUGUGGAUGCUGAGGUGGCAAAGGCGUGGGCAAUCUUAGCAUACCUCUAUGGUUACAUGGGAGACACGGCGGAGUUUGAAGAGUACCUGGAGCUUGCAGACGCCUUUUUGACUGCUUCCAUCGAGCAAGGGUCAACCGACAUGCUGCCAGCGGGAUUCGCCGAGAUGAUCCACUACAAGCAGACCGUCAGGAUGCAGUCCGGAAAUGUAGAUGCUACGCAUAUCGAGUCUUGGGGCGCCCGACGUCAACAUCCUCCGCAGGUGCUCAGUCAGAGAGUCGAGGGUAACGGUAGAGCUGUGUGGUCGUGCAUCAUCACGAGGUCUGCCCUUCUCCCGCUGCUCGAUACGAUCCAGAUCAACCCAGCCGCAAGCGAAAGGGACUUGUAUGUGUAUGUUGCCCGGUCGAUUGUGGCGUUCGACCAAAUGGCGUUCGAGAAAGCGUGCAAGGACAGUGCGGCCUGCGAACAAUCGAGCGAUCAUGAGCCUUGCUUAGAGAACAGAGGCGGUGUUACCCCGCAAGGUAACCCCCCCCAGACGGAAGAGGUGUCAGAUGCUAUGGUGGCCGGGUUAAACGAUGGCCUGUUCGACUUCGGGCAGCUUCAAGAAGCCGUCGAUCGACCAAACAUUCGCACGGGCGUCGGCGGCCUCAUCAUUAACAUGUGUCACCUUGCACACGGUAUCCUGGGGGCCCUAGCAACGAUUGAUGAUUCCAGAGCUCAAGGACUGUACAACCGGUUGCAGGGUGUCUACAAUCGUUUUCGCCCUCAUGCCUAUCUGCCAGCGCCCCCGUUGGAGAAGUGGCGUGGGAUAUCUGCAUUCUGCGAUCAUUUCCAGUGCAGGGUAAAUGAGGGUAUCAUCGCGAGUCAAGGCAUGAGCGCUUUCUCCACGCCGCCCGUCUGCGCUAGCAACUACGCCGGCUCACAGACUAAGUGCAAGCAAGGGGGUUCGCAUAUUGCCGUUGAGGAACAUCAUGACAACAUGGUGUUGGCGGGUGUCAUUCCUGAGAACGCGACCGGCGCGAUGAUGGCUGCCCCUUGCAGCAACGGAGACAGACCAAUGGCAUCUACUAGCUCGUGGGAACUACUCCAAGACCCUGCACCACGAACUGACCCACCUGCCGGACCGAGCUUCUCUAGUUCACAAGUCAACUGUGAGCCGGCUAGGGCAGGCAGAAGUGAUUCUGACGUGUCUAAUAGUGCGGUCGAGGGGUGCGGUGGUGGUGCGGUUUCUGGCUGGGUAGCCCAUGUUCCCGAUAUGUCCUUGAGAUCGCCGGAGUUGAGAGAGGUGGAUGGGGGGGCGGAGGAGACCUGGAAUGAUAAAAUUCCUGCGGCAGACUGGCUAGAUGUUACUCAUGCUAUGUUGGGAGCAAUCGACGAUGAUGGCCCGGCACUGUAA